ACUGAAUAUGACGACGAUACACUUCUGACACCAACACAUUUACUACAUCGCUUCCUGAACACACACAACACGCUGCUUGUAGGUAGUUCUCAGGAGGACAUGCGGUGUUCUUUGACCAAGGUGUUGGUUGGGUCCCUCCUGCUGCUCACCGUCUACCUCCUGGGCCGGUCUGACCUCCUACUGACGCAACCGGGUGAGAGCGCGUCAGAGCUGACCUGGCCCCUCGCCAAGAGUGAGGGCGCUAGUGCAUCCUGGGUAGACGGGGGGAACUACCUGCCGCUCAACGUGUCCUACCUGUUGCUGGCUGGAGUGCCCGCAAUCAAACAGCGGUUCCUUACGAUCGGUCUGGCGUCGGUGAAGAGGAAGAAGGGCAGCUACCUCCUGCCGACCCUGGCUUCCCUCUUCUCCCAGUCGUCCUCCACAGAGAGGGCCUCCAUGGUGGUGGUGGUGCUGCUUGCUGAAUUUGACCCUGUGUGGCGAGGGGCGACGCUGGACGAGAUCAGAGCUGCCCACCCCUCCGAGUUGGACAAGGGCCAGCUUCUAGUGAUACACGUACCGCCGCAGUUCUACCCACCCCUUACAGCCCUGAAGAGGAACUACAACGACGCUCCGGAGCGAGUGUCCUUCCGCUCCAAGCAGAACGUGGACUACUCGUUCCUGAUGCACUACAGCAGCAGCCAGGCCACCUACUACCUCCAGCUGGAGGACGACGUCAUCUCCGCCCACAGCUUCCUCUCCACCAUCCACAAGAGCAUCCAGGAGCGCCAGGCGGUCCACUGGGCCCUGCUGGAGUUCUCCAGCCUGGGCUACAUCGGGAAGCUCUACAAAGCGGCAGACCUACCCCUCCUGGCCCGCUUUCUCUUCCUGUUUUACCAGGAGAUGCCCUGCGAUUGGCUGCUCACUCACUUCCGCGAGCUGUUGGUCCAGAAGGAGCAGAUCCUUAUCAAGCCCUCCCUGUUUCAGCACAUUGGGGCCUUCUCCUCCUUCAAGGGCAACGCCAACCCGCUUAAGGACAUGUCCUUCGAAAAGGAUGUCUACUCCAACCCUGUGGCCGACGUGUACAGCGAUAUAUCCGUGUACAAGGACCACGUGCCCCGGCUGGCGUGGGAGGCAGGGGAGGGGUACUUCUGGGGGCGCACACCGGAGCUUGGAAGCUAUCUGACGGUGGUCCUCAGAGCGCCGGCCGUGGUGACCAGUGUGAGGGUGGUGACGGGCUUUGAAGGGAAGGACGUCCUACUGUUUGCUGUGGUGGAGCUGGGCCAGAACGUUGAGACCACAGUGAGGGGGGAGAAGAGCUGCAAGGACUUCCGGCCAUUGGGGAUCAUGAACAAUGGAAUGUUUGAGAAGAAGGCUCUGGAGAUGGAGUUUGGCUCCUCUACUUCCUGUUUACGGUUGCGAGUCACCGGAAAACAUAAAGAUUGGAUAGCAAUUAUGAAAAUUAGAGUCACUGUCAAGACCGAUCUGCACACCAGCCUUGUGAAUGGGAGCUGAAUUUGCUUGUUUUAUUAUUGAGCUUAUGAUACAGACUUGGAUAUAUAUUUUAUAGUUUUAUAAUGCAAUUUCCUAUGGCAUCCUUGAGAGAAUCUCACAGCCGGGUGUCUGAUGGGUGGGAUCCAAUUUAACCAUCAAUAAGCUAAGCUGUGUCCCCAACAUGGUUGAUUAAACAUUGAAUAGUUUUGUAUUGAAUCAAGUGCACAUUCCAGUUAUUGUCCGAUAUUGUUAAAAAUGCUGCCAUUGUUUAUGGCUUUCCCUGUAAACCAUGCAUGGUCAGGUUAUGUGUUUGGGGCCAGUUACUAAAUUGUUAUCUGUUUUCUCUCCAUACACUGGCCCAUAUUGUUUUCCGUUAUCAGACAGUGCCAUGGGCAUAUUGUUGAAUGCCCAUUGACUCUAAAAGUCAAGUGGAAACAAAUGGAAGAAACGGCCCAUUUUGGGUUAGAUGUCUUGCACAUUUUCCAUUACCCCGUUAAAACCCAAAGCGAGAAAAUGGGCCAAUGUCCCCAAAGCAGAAUGAAACUUUAAAUAUGUGAUUGAGUGGCAUUAAAUAAUAAUGAUGGAGCACACUGUAAAACUUUUCAGCAGGUUCCCCACGAUCAUAUACAUACAGCUAGCUUGCUGUAAUCUUAGCAUACAGCAUGCCGCUGAUAUAUGACAGUAAUCUACUGGCAGCAAAAUGAAAGGCCUGUACUGGACGCCUUGGGGUCUUUCAUAUAACUUGGUUUGUGGAGAUAGCAUGACAUUGAAAGAUAGUUUUCAAGCACGUUAGCAUUUAGCUUCUGUAUGUAGCAAUCACCUAGCCUUUUGCCAUAUAAACGGGGGUCCAAACUCACAAAGGCCCGAUAUAUAACAAUCAUAUUUCCAAUCGCUUAGUCAUUUUCUUUAAUUGCCACUUUGGCACCCCUAACGCCCCUCAACUACAAGAGCAGCCUUUCAUUUCAAUGCCCACCACUCUUAAGGCUUCGUUAUUGUUCCACGUAAUGACUAAGCAAUCGCUUCGAAACAGUCGUGAACCUGUUUUGGUUCUGCAUAUGGUUAACGUCAGGUAAAGAAACAAUAAAGACUAACAAAAGUUGAGCACUGCUUCCAGCACUCACCUAAUUAUGUAUAUAUAUAUAUAUAUAGUUAUUGUUAUUAAACAAAUAUAUAGAUAUAUUUUCAUUAUAUAUAUAGAUAUAAUAAAAUGGGUGUAAUUUGAGGCAAAUUUUAUUUUCCCAAGACUCUUUGCUAUUGGCAGUAUAUGGCUGUAAAUGUAAAUAUUGACUGAUGAAGUGUUUGAACAACCAUUGAGACUCCCACAAUGCACGGUUCCUCACAGCAUUAUAAUCCAGAGGGGCAGGGGCCACAGCUCGCUGGGAGCGGGGGUGCCUGAACAUGGCUCCUGAGCGGCUCCGUGCUGACACGGAGCCGCUCAGUGCUGUAACUGAGCGGCCAUAGGAGAGCGGCUUAUGGCCGCUCAGCGGCUCGGUGCUGAUACUCUCACGGAGGAUGUUACUCUCAUUGAGGGUCUCAUGGGGACUUCUGCUGGCGACUUUAUAGAUGCUCUUUAUUAUACAGAGAGAAGGAUGCUACAACCCAAGUACAAACUACCAAUGAAAGCCAGCACGAGUGCAUGCCAGAGUACAGGACCAAACACCUGGACGUAGAAACCCAAGAUCACACACUGCUUGCUAAACAUGCAGGGGUUGUCGGCCCUCCUUGCUGGGUGGCCCCUCCACCCCAGAGCAGCCGGGGGGUUCCUGGGACUGGGCUGGAGGUGGGGGGGUGGGGUUGGUGGCGGAGCAGUCCUGCGGUGCAUCGUGUUCUGCCUAAGAAAUGGAAGAACUGCUUCACGUCCUAUUGCAGUUGUCACCACAAACAUUUGACCAUUGAUUUAAAAUGCGAAUUCCUGAGAGGAAAAGAAAAUGAGCUACUUUUGGCCAAAAACAUUGAAGCCCAGCCAUGGAAGGUUUUAUAAUUAAGAUAACCAGUUGAUAUCAAUGAAAAGUGUUUGUGAAGAAGUCAACAAACAACAAAGCUUCUUCACAGCACUCUUAAUCUCAGGAAUUCUUGUAAAAUAUCCAAUCAGACAUAAAGUGAGUAAGUGGCUCAAAAAUAACAGUUUCCCGGCAAAUGUCGACUCACUUUAUAAAUAUUGUAUAAACUGUUACAACCUGAUGCAAGUGUAUCUCACUGCAGAGCCAAAAGGACAGAUCUUAAAGAGCCCAUGCCAUUAAAAUGACAUUUUUCCUGUUGUUUGUUAAAUAACAUAGGUCUGAAUAAGUUUGUGAGCUGUGGUAAGUUUGAAAUCUAUGCAGUUUGUCUGCUGAAUGCAAUAGGCAAUGAAAGGAAAAAGGCAGAAGAAAUGAGCCAAUCUGGAUAAGGUGACACUGUGACGUAGCGUUGUCAAACUAUUAUUCAUGGCCCUGCCCACUUGGUUGGUUCGUAACCACCCACAAGAAUUCUGAAGGAGUCGUGAUUGAGCUAGUGCUAAAUGCUAAUACGUGUAUUGUAGUUGCUUAGUUCGUAGUAACAGGCUAGUUACAGAAUUUUGAAUGCAAUGGCAGAACGACAUCGAAGUACAUGAACUGCGACAUGCUGCCUGCCGCCGGUUGCCGCGAGGCACCACCGCCGCGAAGCACC